UGGAAGCCGCAGUGCUUGAAAAGCAUUCUCGCCGCUUACCUCCUUGAAGGUAUCACUCGUAAAUUCUUUUAAGAAUGAGUGUACUUCUAAUAAUUGCCGUUGCGGUCUACGCCAUUUAUAAAUAUUUUUCUAAAACGAAAAUAUUAUGGCGUAAAUCGAAUAAAUAUGGUAAAGAGGAGGUCGAGGUUUUAAGGGAGGCUCCCGGGCCGAUUCCUUUGCCUGUGGUAGGCAGUUUGCAUCUUCUUGGAAGACACGAGUCACCAUUUCAAGCAUUUACGGCGCUGGCUAAAGAGUACGGAGAUAUUUAUAGUAUCAAGUUGGGGUCUGCGAAGUGCCUAAUCGUUAACAACUUGGCCCUGAUCAGAGAAGUUUUGAACCAGAACGGGAAUUUCGUCGCGGGACGGCCAGAUUUCCUGAGAUUCCACAAGCUGUUUGCCGGAGACCGGAAUAAUUCUCUCGCGCUCUGCGAUUGGUCUAACCUGCAACUCCGAAGACGCAACCUCGCCCGCCGCCACUGCGGUCCGAAGCAGCACACAGACUUCUACGCCCGCAUCGGAUCAGUAGCAACAUUAGAAUCUUACGAACUAGUACAAACUCUCAAAAGCAUCACUCAAACCACGGAACAGAGCAUCAACUUGAAGCCGUUGUUAAUGACUUCCGCUAUGAACAUGUUCACGAACUACAUGUGCUCUGUCAGGUUCGAUGAGAAUGAUUCAGAAUUCCGCAAGGUAGUAGAUCAUUUUGAUGAGAUCUUUUGGGAGAUCAAUCAGGGGUACGCUGUGGACUUCUUGCCGUGGCUAGCUCCGUUUUACAAGAAACAUAUGGACAAACUAUCAGGCUGGUCUCAAGAUAUACGCAGCUUCAUUUUAUCUAGAAUAGUCGAGCAACGGGAAAUGAAUUUAGACAUGGAGGGACCGGAGAAGGACUUCCUCGAUGGACUGUUGAGAGUUCUACACGAAGACCCUAAUGUAGACAGAAACACUAUUAUUUUUAUGCUCGAAGACUUCUUGGGGGGCCAUUCGUCGGUCGGAAAUCUAGUAAUGCUGUGCCUGACAGCUGUAGCAAGAGACCCUGAGAUAGGAAGGAAAAUUAGAGCUGAAAUUGAGGGAGUUACUAAGGGCAAACGGCCUGUAGCCCUGACUGACCGAAGCAACCUUCCUUAUACAGAAGCGACUAUUCUAGAAUGUUUGAGAUAUGCGUCAUCACCAAUAGUUCCCCACGUAGCGACAGAGAAUGCUAAAAUAAACGGCUAUGGCGUAGAAAAGGGCACAGUCAUUUUCAUCAACAACUAUGUUUUGAACAACUCGGAACAGUAUUGGAAUAAUCCAGAAAAUUUUGAUCCCAGCCGAUUUUUGGAGAAGACGAAAGUCAGAACCCGAAGGAACUCUCAAUGCGAUUCGGGAAUGGAGUCUGACAGCGAAAGGAGUCCUUCGAAAGAGACUGAAACAGAAGUUUAUUCGGUUAAGAAGAAUAUUCCUCAUUUUAUUCCAUUCAGCAUUGGUAAAAGAACGUGUAUUGGUCAAACUUUGGUCACCACUAUGAGUUUCACUAUGUUCGCGAAUAUAAUUCAGGAAUUUGACGUUGGAGUAGAGAAUUUAGACGAUCUUAUACAAAAGCCAGCUUGCGUCGCCCUUCCUAAAGACACCUACAAUAUGUAUUUAAUUCCGAGGAAGCAAUAGUUUUGGACCUUUUUAGUUACGACCUUUGAAAUAAUGUGUUCUGAUUUUAAAUAUUUGACAGUAAAAAAUAGUUUUAAUUUUGAAAUGUUUAGGCAGAAUUCUAUUUUUGAAAAAAAUAAAGAAUAAUAGAAAUAAAAAGGUUUUGUUUACAGAACACAUUAUAUUGAAAAUAGAAUCGCUCAAAUUAUUUAUUAUCUGAAUGAAUUUCUUAUAAGUUAUACGCUUAUCGGAAUGUAUUGAUAGUGCAGCAUUUAUUAGUAUAGACCCAUAGAUAAUAGACCAAUAGCUGUAGUUUCCUAUAAAAA